AUGGAGAGUCAAAAGCGGGAAACUUCGCCCAGACCAGCACUGGUCAAUAACUCAGUUUUCUCCACACCAAGCUCACUGAGACAAUCACCACGGGAUCGGUCUCGUAGCCCGCAACGUACAGUUCACUAUGACUGUGAGGAAAAAGCUAUGGAAGAAUCUCCUGUAAAUCGCAGUUUAAUGAAUCCUCAUUAUCGACCGUUGUCCGCGUCCCGGACGCCUACUUCGACAGAAAGCCGAAUGACGAUUCAUGAAUUUGACCAUACUAUGUCCAACUGGUCCCUCGCUCCGUCUGGGAUGAUAAGCGCGCCGUUAGGUCGAACCUCCUUUCGCACACCCCCUCUUCAAGUGCCUCGUCGGUUCACAUCUAACACCAUAGAGAGUAGGCGUAUGGUAGCUCCAUGGACAAAGGCCCCACCACGUCCCCCCAUGCCCAAAAGAGCUGGUUCUCAUGAUGUGGAUCGAUUGCAAAGUACAACGACUACAAAUCGAAGAUCUGAGAUGGUGUAUCGGCCAACAGAGCCGGCAAGAAACCAAACCAUUUACGAAGAGCAGCAUCUUCACAAGUUGAAUCAUAAUGAACCCUCAGAAGACACAAUCAAAGAGCAAGAGAUAGAAGAUUCUUUAAACACGACUGUUGCAUCUAAUGGUGGUAGUCCAUUUGACCCAAGGCGUGGUGAUGACUCAGGACUAACAGAACUGGAGCGCGUGUGGGCACGCAAACGUAUGACCAAGAUUCGAACAGUACGACAGACUAUACUACCUGAAAAGCAUAAAUCUGAGCAUAAUAAUCACCUCCCUGUGCGUGAUUAUGACAGUCCGGCAGAGUUGACUACCACAGGUUCAGAAGAGUCAAAAAUGCGAGAUCACGUUGAGACGAAUGGCAACGAUGGAUUCCAAAAUAUCUCACGUAAAAGUAGCUCGCCACUGGCCAUUCUUGAUCUGCAAAAUAUGAGCAAACUUCAAACUCUGAAAUUAACAGAAUCAUCAAUUCAGGAAUCUAAUCAGCGGAACACUCCGUCAAAGGGGUCAACAGAAUUCAGAAAAGUAUCUAUUGAAAUGAGUCAGACUGGAGCACAGGAGCAAGAAACUCCGCCAAAUAUUGUGCCUUGUCAGUAUUCCGCUUCGAUUCGCCCGGUUGUGACAGGACUGCGCAACGAACAUAUGGAUCACCACGGCUCACUCGAGAAACUACAAAGGCCUCCUAUUUCCUCUACCAAAUCAGAAAACGUGGGGUGUGAAAUCAAGGGUUUGAUGAUUAAAGCUGUGAUUUCUCAUGAGGAAACCACUGUGUCUACAGAGAAUAUCACCCAAACGAAGGAAGCCAUAAGUAAAGAUAAAACGGAUAUCAAACAACCGACUGAUCGAUAUUCACGAUCGUUAGAGCAGAGAAAUUUCCUCUCUCAAGAAGUCAGUCUCAAACCGACUGGUGAGACAUCAAAGGAGCCAAAUUCAAACAUCGUUGCUGUUUCAACGGAGAAGAUGAUGACUCUAACCACACAUCUGCAGACUGCGCCAGACUCAAGAGCAGUGAGUAUGUCGAAGUUGACAAUUGCUUUGCCCGAUAUACAGCGACCGAACUCAACCGCAUUCAACAUGAAUGAAAUCAAAAUCCCUCGACCCAUGACCACAACCGCGGUCACAGCUCCAACAAGUACGACUACCACCACCGGUACUACCACCACUCCGACCCCCGUCUUGAUGAAUCCUGGUACGGGCAGGCUAUCAGCCCUGACACCAAUGGCAACUAUUGUCGAAUCUACAACAAGAACAACAACAACAACAACUGCAUCCAAAACAAUUAAACGUAGUCCACCCGAGCUGAUGGAAAAACCCAAGUUGCACCUCUCCAAUGGUGCAAUACCAAAUCAAACACAUGUCACUGAUCUACAACUGAUUAAACCACAACCGAGACCUGAGUUAUCAUAUUCCGACGGGAAAAUGAACUUGGCAGUUACAGAUCGUCUGUCCGCUUCCGCGGGCGGAAACAAAGUCCAGACUGUUUGGUCCUCAUCUCAGACCAAAGAACCGGUGUUCGAAACGAUGCAACGACCACCAUAUCCAACUUUGUUUGACAUUUUGCAUCAUUGUAAUAUCUUACGUGUGGUUCUGGAUCCAAACAUCCCCAGCCAGAGUAAACAGCUUGGAUUGCACCUGGGUUUAUCCAAAUUCCCCUUGGACGAUAUUCAACGGGCAAGCAGUAUUCAACGCCUACAACAACAACAGCAGCAGUCAGCUAACACAGGAUCAAAGGACACUCUGAAUUCGGUUGGAAGUGAGAGUCAAUACGGACCAAAGGGUCCUAAACCUCGGAUCAGACCACGUGAAGGUAGUGCAUUUCGCGCAGUCGAGUAUCGUCGACUGGAAGAUGCCCCCGAUAUAGUUACCAUUGAACGAGUAGAUCCUGACUCACCGGCAGCUAUUGAAGGCGGGCUGACUGCAGGCACCUUGCUGUUGGAGAUCAAUGGUAAAACUCUGCUACCAACAGCUGAUUCGGAUGACCUAUCGACUUCUUCCAUCGGUUUGUUAAGAUUAGCUGUCGAACAGCUCCAGGCAGCAAGCCAGGCCGGACGUCUGGGUGAGGCGGCAUUAGUAAGGAUCACAGCGGCCAGGUAUCAUAAUCGAUUCGGUGUGGAGAACAAGGUAGAUACCCCGGAAAGAAUCUCUUUGGCAAAUCGGCGAUUUAUCAUUGGCAAAGCAAUGAAUGAUACGGAAUUGGAGGAUCAAAUAUUGUCUUGGAGGAAGACACCAAGUUCUAUUAUCAGUUCAGAUGCAGCUUCAUUACGAAGUAGUCGAAGAAAAUCGGAUGUGUCUCUGGGCCGCACGUCUCUCGCAUCGCAAUCCGAAGCGGGUACGUGCACACCGAUCAACGGCAGUCAGUCGGAACCCAACUCUGACACAUCGCGUGCACAGUCCGUGGACGCUGUUGGUCCCAAAGAUGGACUUGUUUGGUUCCCGGCAUCACGGGUCACAUUUAAACCGUCCCCACUUACAAUGGAACGUUCCACGAGAAUGAUGCGAAACGCUGAAGCAUGGUCAUGA